UUUAUGGAAUAUGUAGUUUGAAGAAUUUGGGUUCAAGAAGCUAAAAGUUAGUGUUACUUUUUAUAGGAAAAAUAUUUAUUUUUAUUUGUGUGUGUAGUUUCAGUUUUUGAUGGUAAAUAAUCCUAUUAUGGUAGGAAGAAAAUUCAAACUUUAUAAAUAUAUGUAUAAUUUCAGGAUGGUAAAAUCUAUCACUGAAAUAGUCAAAAGCAAAAUACAUGUUAUGCUUUCUUUGGUUUAUAAUAACCCAUCUUUGUUCUCUUCUUAUUCUAUACAUUUGAAUGCACAGUGUGGUUAGAGAUACGGUAUAGUAUUUGAAGUGCAUUCCUGUCCAGGUGUUGUCGCAGAGAUGGUGAUAUAAGAAGUGGUGGUACAUCAUGAGAUAUCACCCAGUAAAGCCAUUCUAUUCAGUGAAGUUAGUCUGGCACUUUGCACUAACUCAGAUAAUAAUUGUCAUCUCCGUAGUCAUAUGAGGCUAGGGAAACACCAGAUGAAUAUUUUACCACCAAGUCACUGGCUUUUGGUCAUCAUUACAAGCCCUAAAGAGCUGUAUCUGUUCCACCACCAAUAGGCAUCUUUGGUUCUGUUCAAAGGACUCUCCAUUUGUGUUCAUGUGAAUAUAAACUUAUGUGACAUAUGUGCAUAUGCAACACAUAUGCACAUGCUUAGACUAAAUAUAGCAGGAAACAAACAUGCACGUUGAGGGAGAAACACUUUAUCAUCCUGAAGUGAUGUAUUUUAUUUGUCACACAUAAAUAAUUAAGGCAUCUACAGGGGGAAAAAAACUAUAUACUGUGAUACAGUGAACUUGUGCACUCAGUCAUUCCCUUCAUCCAAACAACUGCCUUUGGCAUGAAUAACAGCUUGGCUGAUAUGAAGCACUGUAUUGAUCUGUUGCUCAAGAAAGUCCACUGAUAUUUCCUUGGACUUUUCCUGGAGGUAUGGCCAUAAAAGCUCAGCAAUGUUGGGAUCCGUUGCUUCUAUCUCCAUUUCUUCCCAGAUGAGUUCAAUAGGGGACAGAUCCAGAGAGAGCGGUCAACUCUCAAUCUGUGCUGCUCUCUGUCUCUCUCUCACACACACACACACACACACACCGUUACCUUUUUCCGUUUGAAAAACUGCUUAGGAAUCAAAGUCAAUGUCAUAUUGCAUGACCAAAAAAGUAUCCACAGGUGGAGGGGCAUCUCUGGAAAACUUUGUGAUAGUCUACUUUGCCCAGAGCACCUAUAAUUUUGUCUAAACCUCUGACUGUAAAGCCAUUGUGCUGAUAUGGCCUCUACUGCAAUGUAAACCGGAAAUGUGAACUCCCAUGUCAUCAACAGGAGGUUCCCCUUCACCACCCAUCUCUCCCUGUUUUCAGCUCUGUGGAGGUUUAAUUCUGAGAUCCUAUGUGGGAUAGCAUGAGUUCUAGCCAGAUUUUUGUAAACUUUGCUUUCUCAUUCCAAGAGAUUCAGGUACUUACGACCCUCCAUGAUUAGCUGGAUACCCACUCUACAAUACAGGGAUGCUAGGAAGGGGAAGGUUUAUAUAUUUAAAAUAAAAAGGGUCUUCAUAACAAUUUCAAAAAGCCGAGCUAAAAAUUGUACGGGGGAGAAGGGGGGUUUCACUGCUUUCUUGUACGCAAGAUGUUCACAUGAUAAGCCCUGCUUCUGCAUGUCAAUGGUGUUCUGAGUGCCAUUGUAGCUACCUUUGCUUUGGCCCAAGUACAAGCCCUUGCUAUUUUGUUGGUUUCCGCCAUUCAGCCCCUUCACCUGUUCAAUCACCCUAUUGUCUAGUAAAAGUUACUAUGACUGCUGAAUGUAUUAAUUAAACUCUAUGACUGUCACCACAGCGAGCAACGUAAUAGCAGCACAAAUGCACUCCGGCUGUAUUUGUUGCCUGUAUUUAUUUAUUUCUAUGGAUUCUUUGCACUGAGAGAGCCUGUAGAAGCCCCAUUGGAGGGAUUGAACUCUGCUGUGCUAGAUACUGUCCACGCACACACACAUCAGUAUGACACUCUAUUGCCUCGCACCUCUAAGUGAUUGUAAAAUGUCACCAUUCUGAUCUGGUAGCAUAGGACACUCACAAGUAUACCUGGUUAUGUGAGGUGUUGGCAGUGGAGAAUCAGCCAUAUAUUACUGAGAUAAUUAUAGUCUCACCUAGCAGCCAGGUAAAGGGUGUAUGCAACAAGUUCAGAGUGCUCCAAGAGAGAACAAAGGGUCCUUUUGAAUGUGGGUGUCUCCCACUCAAGUGCACCUUCAAUACCCAACUGGGGCACAGCAUGUGAUCAGGUGAUGUAAAUGCCGAGAAGGGUGUGCCCAUGAAAACUUUGUACCUCUCUCUGCACCUGUGCAUCUCUUCAGAGUUGAACUCAUUUGUUUUACUUAGCAAUGUUUAUAUUAGCAGUUUUUACUCUGGUGAAUGCUAUAAAAUGGGAAGGUUAAAACAAGAAAUGGUGCCAUAAGCAAGGGACCAUUCACUGCAGUGGAAAAGCAGAACUCUCUAUGGGGGAAGGGUAAAUCCCAUAAAAACCAGUUAGGUCCUUUUUUUCAGAAAUAUCCUAAAAAAACCUACCUUUGGGAAGUCAGAUGGUUGGACCCGGUCAUCCACAUUUUCAGGAGUGCCUUCUGAUUUUGGGUUCAGAGUACCUACCUUGAGAUUCCAUGGACCUGAUUUCUAAAGAUGAACACUUGUCUUGUACCCAUUACCUUAGGUUGCACUGCGGCUUCUCAGCACCUCUGAAAAUCAGGGUCUAGGUAUCUCAGGUUGGGCAGCCAAAAUUAAUGGACACUUUUGAAAAUUUGGAUUAUGAUCUACCUGACCUGUAUACGGGAUGGACUGUGUCUACUGCUAGUGCUGAGGGAGGUUCUGAUGUUCUAGUUCUGACUCUGCUACUGACAUAUCGUGUGACCAUGGGCAAGUCACAAAGUCUACUCUUUGCCUCAGUUUAUCCAUCUGUUGUUAUAGUACUUACCUACCUCACAGGGGUAUUCUGAAGCUUAAUGUGUUUGUAAAGUGCUUUGGGAUCCUUGGAUGAAACGUGCUGUGUAAGUGCAAAAUGUAUAUAUACUACCUUAUUACACAUAGGAUGGUCAUGCUUGAAAUAAAUAUCAAACAAGAAUUGGUAAAAGCCUAAUGGAUUCCAUUCUACUGAUUUUUAACAGCUUUUUUUGUAUUGAAAAGAUCUGGAGACUCAAAGAUAGAUGUUCUUUCUGAGCUUGUAUGUUGUUUCCUCUAUCUUGAAGCGUUUUGAUACAUGGAUUGAAACUUGUCUGCUCUGCCUGUAGUUUCUUAGAACCUCUCUGGAAACUCAAGAAUUAAUUGUCACAGAUAUCUCUACACCAGGCAGAAGGUUGUUUUUGCUCUGUUCUAGCAAAGGAAGCACACUAGUGUUUCUCACACACAUGGCAUCAGAACUCUACUCCUGCCCUGAAAAUACCAGGUCCCACACUUAGGGUAGAAUUCUUUCUCUAUGCAGAGAACCUCAGCACAAACCCCUUGUACCACUUAAAUCCCAGUGAAGACGUCAAAAUAGGGCCUAAGUGGCACUAUAAGUAGGUAUUAUGUUAAUCCUCUGGAUUGGAUAAUAUUCCCAUUAAAGAAGAGACAUAAAAUAGAGAAUGUGACAAAUUAGCACAGGAAUGGUUCAGUUGUUUGUUCCUCUUUUGAUACAGCCAAACCUUGACGUACUUUCUCCCAUUAAGAUCAGGCGGAGUUUUGACUGGGCAAAACAGAGUAAGGACUUUCAUGAUCUGGUCUGUAGAUAAAUUCUAAAUUUUGGACUAUCGCUUAAAUUGUCCUUCCUCUUGCCGCUGCAAUAGAGGAAACCAGAUCCGCUGAAAGUUAUUUUCUUAGAUUCCAAGACCAGAAGGGACUAUUGUGAUCAUGUAGUCUGACCUCCUGUAUAACGCAGGCCAGAGAACUCCCCCAAAAUACACUAUGAAUGAUGGCGUCAACAAUUUGGAUCUUAAAUUGGCUGUUGCGAGUGUGAGCAUGUGUGCUUUUCUGAAAUCUUCUGUACUUAUUUUAGCUGUCCUUGCUACAUCUGCUAAGAAUAUGAAAUUCAGCUAUUGGUUAAGGUAAAAAAUAGCUAAGUGCACAAAUUCAUUUGUAUUAACAGUAUUGUUUACCUUGUACUGUUUGUCUUGUACUUGCCUUCAAUCCACAGCUCUGUUUAUCUCCAGCUUGAUAAAUAUGAGGUGCCAUGCUCCUGCCACCAAACAUCAACUCCAGGCACCCUAAAGCUGUGCUAGGUAUAUAGGAAAACACAAUGAAAUAUUGAAGGAGUUCCUGUUUACUUGUGUUGGAGGUGAAUUAUGAAAGAGUAGAGUGAGGGUCACAUUUUAGCUACAAGGCCAUGAAGAUGACUCCAUUACCCUCAGUUUACGCAGCCUUUUAUUUCACUUUUUAAUAAUAUUUUGCAUAUUAAAAUUUGUAUAGGCAGCCAGAAGAGAGCAGUAUAUACACAAUACAUGCCCCAAUAGAGAGGGUUAGGAAUCAUUGGUUCAGUUAUUUGGGACUGGGAACAGAAGAUAAGGUGUCCUUUCCCCUUUUUUACACUUUGUUUUAAAGGUCUCUCGAGUAAUUCCGCUGCAUUUACCACCACAAAAGAGAGUGCAUGAGCAAUACAGCUGGGUGUGAUCUGUUCUGAUAUAAAAUUCAGAAGCAUUUGCUGAGGCAGAUUGGGGAUUUUUUUGAAUGGGACUUCUGGGUUCACAUUAGCCAAUCCAACCUUUUGUUUCCCUGGUCCAAGUUUAAAAAAAAAAAAAGUCCACUGUUUCCCCAGACAGGUUUGGAUUCUCUUUUAAAGUUUUAUCACACUGCUCCUCCAGAUGGUAUGGGUGUGGGUGUGUGUGUAUAUAUAUAUACACAUCUAAAAUAUGGACAGAUUUUUCAAAAGCCACUGGUGAUCUUAGAUUCAUCAAUUCUUGAGCUGCCUGACUACAAACACAUUCAAUAUUUUCAGAAAGUGCCUUUUGAAAAUCAUGCACCUUUAAGGUGUGUCAGUUAAUUUACCCGGAAUUUAAGGUACCCAAAUUUGUUUGUCAUGUGUGAAACCCUUGGAAAUACACACAUGCGCACAGGCCAAAUUUACAUGCCUUUGUGUAAUUCCAUUCAAGUCAGUGAUGGUGAACAAGAGAUAUGAUUUUGGUCGAUAGUGUAUGUGUAUUCUAUACAGUAUGUGUGAGUAGUCCACACACACCCAGGAUGGCCAAGCACUUUGAUUUACACUUCAGAGUAAGUAAUUUGAACCAAUACUUCAUAUGUCACAUUCUGUAUGUAAGCUGUAUAAUGCCUAUAACUUUAAUGUCUAUUUUGUUAAUGUUACCACCUUCAAAAUUAUUUGACACAAAUGUCAAGGUUGCUGUAAAAUGGUAUAACUGUAAUUAUUUCAGUAUACAAUGGAAGUUAGAGGAAGCCUAUGGUUUGGAUUUGAAGUGCUCUACUUCUAAAAGAAUAUACUUUUAAAAAAAAAGUUUUCUUUUUAAGGUUCUUUUCCUUGCCCCAGCUA